UAUAAAAAGGAAACCAUACAUAUUAUACAAUGACUACAAUAAUCAUGUCCCUUAUUACAUGAAUGGUCUAUUUUUUGGACUCAGAAGCCUGACACACAUAACAGUUGUUCUUCUCUGCAAAAUGUAUAUUUUGGGGGGUUUGCUUUCUAUUAAUCUGUACAUUAAUCUUUUUGCUUCUCUUGAUCUUCUAUAAUCUGUACAUAUUACUGAUACAUGUACAUCCUGCACAGAGCGUAUAAUUGAAAAACAUUUAACAAGUACUUUUCAACCAUGCAAGCCUUGAACCUGAGCCAAAAUUAUCAUGUGAUGUACGUGGAUCACCUUUUAAAAAAGGUCUUAAACAGCAGAAUAGUCCACACAUCUCUCAUAAAAACUUAUAUGCAUACAGAAUUGUUGGAGGUUUCGUGUGGGUAUUUUGCACUUUGUUCGUUUCUGUUAAAGCAUUCCUUUCAUCUAGCAGUUCAGAGCGCUGUUGAGCGUGGGUCAGUCUCUCAUCUAGUAAACGAUUUUUUUUUUCUGUUAACUAUGUUGGCAAAGGCCCUUUCCAAAACCCUGAUGAUGGCAUUCCUCAGCAAUAUUUGUGCAGAUAGUAUGAUUUAUAUAUUCCCUGUAAUCAGCCCAUAACUUCUAAACUGCUUACAAGCUUUGUCCUGCAUCUGAUGGCAAUAUCUAAAUUGUUUUGCUCUUCCAUUAAGCUGGUAUCUUCUACCCACAACUCAGCUCUUCUGCUGCAUUGAGGAAAUUGCCUGGUUUGGGAUGUGGCCUGUUUCUCAUGUAUUAUCUGCUGCUGCUUUUCAUCAGUGCAAAACAAACAUGCUAUUGUCACACUUUAGUUGUCCCAAAGAAUUAUGGAUUUUAAUAAUUGAUCACAUUUUAAAUAUAUAGCAACAUAAAUAGUAUUUUACCAGUAGUCAAGCUACUUUUUACAUUUAGCAUUUGUUCUGUUAGGUAAGCACUAUAUUAAUUAUAUAUUUAAAGGCAUAAAAUCGAAAUGUAACAGCUAUCAAAAACUGAUGUGGUAAAACAGAUGUACAAUGAAAAGCUCCAUAGCAACAAAACGCAACUUCUAUUUUGUUUGCUGUUGGUGUUGCCAGGAUAUAUUAAACAGGUUCAGCACUCCCUUAGCAUUUGGUGGGACUUCCAAACGACGGGGCUUCUUUACUCCGAAACGAAAAUAAAAUGAGCAACCAAGAUAUUAUCACCUUAAACAUCGGAGGGCAGAAAUGUACAACCUUUGUGUCCACUCUCAGAAAACACCCCGACACUAGGUUGGCACGCAUGUUGGACGGAGGGGACCCAGAGUUCAGAGUAAUUAACGGGCAGGUCUUUGUGGACAGAGAUGGGAGUUUGUUCAAAUACAUACUGGACUAUAUGAGAACUCAUCACAUCUCUCUGCCACCGGACUUCGUUGACUAUGAAGGUUUGAUCAGAGAAGCCGAGUUCUAUGAAGUCCGAGACCUGGCGGAGAUCCUCAGCAAAGACGGCGGCCGUCAGAGGAUGGAGAUUCUAGAAGUUCGGUUUUCUGUGCAGGAGACGCACAGCUUCUUCAGAAUUUUCUGUUCUCACUGCAGCACCGUAGAAAUGCUGGCUUCGAGGAUAUCUGUGUUUGCUGAGCAACCCACCCUGACCUGGAAUUACGCUUAUCAGCCCCAAAAGCCAAUGGUGUUGGUGCCGCUACAAAGGCCUUCCCACCACGAUCUGGUGUUUCACUGUGGAACAAGCUUCUCCGCCAGCGAGGAGUUCGCGGCAAGGUACGUUACUAUUAAGCCCGACGAAAGGAAGCUGAUAAACGGCACCAAUAUUCUGGGUUUACUUGUGGACCUGCUGCUCAAGGAGGGAUUCCGGCUCAUAAGCACAAGGACAGUGUCCACUGAAGAAAAAAUCGAGUGUUUCACUCUCGAAAGACGCACAACGCCACAGAUAUUGACUGUACGCGACGGCUAUCCUGCAGAACAGAUUUCUCACCAAAGCAAGCAUGGCAAGCUCCUCCGGAAGAAAUGAAGCCGAAAAUAACGAAAGAAUGUAAAGGCCUGGUUUGUCCUUUGAAAUUGAAUGUCAUACUGUGCAUAUAAAAAGAGUACAUCAGUAAAAUAAGGGAAAAAAUGAAAAUGUAAUCGCCCAGAAAAAAAACCGCUUUUAAUACAUUAAGAAGUUACACACCAAUUUCCUCAGAAAGCGGCAGUCCUGUAAAAAUAAGAUUGGAAAACUUUGGAAGUUACCCUGAAGGUGGCGAUGCUGCGUUGUCUACGUCCUCCAGUUACUUUAAUUUUGCUUAAUUCAAAGUAAAUAAGUGGAUGAAACAUUCUAGAAGCUUACAGUUGUACAUUUCGCGAUCCCCGCAACAUUUAUUGAAGUCUUUGUAGAUUUUGUGAAUUGGGUUUAGUAAAGAUUUUAACACCGAUUCCAAGGCGAAAAUACCUCACGACGGAUAUUAAAGAUGCCCAAAUGCAUUUGGUCCAAUCCCUUUCAAAAGCGUGAAAUUCCAAAAUGGAUUAAAUGUUUUGGAUAAUUGCAUCCGAAUUUUCCUGACGACAAAAGGGCACCUUAAAACGCUAUUGAAACCGCUCUUCCCUUCAAAAAAGCUGCACAGAAACUAGUCUAGUAUAUAUUGCAUACAUGCUACUCACCAUGAGCAGCAGCUGACGUAAUUACACUGUAAGAACAGUUAGUUGUAUUUCCGUUUCUAUUACAAUCAAUUUAAUUAGCUUUGCUUUUAAAAUAGCUUAGAAAAUUAUACUGAAAAUCAGAACACUAAAACGUCUCCAUUUCACAUAAGGUGCUCCCCUCAGUGCACAACAAGAUAAUUUAAUAAUCCCCGUCAAUUAAGUUCCUGUUAGAAUCUGGCUUCCCCCGAGAGAAUACAUUUUACUGAAUGGUACAUAGUAGUGUUCUAACCCGUCUUCUCUCACUCUAAUAAACUCACAACUCCGAAGUCAUCUUUUCACUUGUUUGCGAGGUUAUUUAGCGCAUAUAAUGUACAACUUCAUACGCGCGCACACAUCUAAAUACGUGAGCGGGUUCAGCAAAUUUAAAUAUUAUGUGUCUGUUUUAUCCUCCUGCACCUAGUUCCAUGACACCAGGCAGAUUGCAAGCCGCAUGAAAUAAGGUGAAUAUAUUUAAACCCUACAAAAUGCCCCCAUAUUCAGAAAAUAUCAACCCAUUAUCCUGGCUAGGCUAAACCAACAGUUUGGAUUUCAAGAUCGUUUGCAGUGUAUCUGCAAAACUGAACAAAGCAGAUUUAAUAAAUAGUGGGUACUGUAA